CAGGCGCACAAGGCGGGAGCGCAGCGACAGUCUGCCCGACUCCCGCGACCGCAUCGCACCUCUGUCCCGUCACGCUCGGCUUCUUUCUCGUCCGGAGGAUAAACGAGGGAUUCCGCGGUUGAAAAAAAUCCAAAAACAAAAGGGUUUGAUAGGAGAUGUUUCAAGUUGGAUGUUUCUUCCAUGUUGCCAUGUCUUAAUAACUAAGUUUCCGGUCUCAGUCGUUGUGUAGAAGCGGGGGAAAGGAGCGGAACUUUCAGGGGACCUCUUCUUUUUAUUUUUCUUGCAUCGGAGUAACCGCUGGUUUUAACCCAGGAGGGGUCGUAUCUGCCGGGGGCCUCGUUGCUCUCCUGCCCGGCUCCGGGGGUGGAGGGUAUGGUGUAACUUUUGCCGCUCCAGUUGAAGCAGAGCGGCCGGUGUGAGGGAGUAACCGUGUUAUGAUGCCGGGGAGGCGAUGCCAGCCACUCCUCCGUCUCGGAUAGCGGAUCGGUGAUGAGGAGCGAGGAUCACCUGCUGGGCUAACAGAACACGGUCACACCUCACCGACAGAAUGCGGGAACGAGGUCCUUGCAUUUGCGGAGUGGGCGUGUGGAGCCUGCUGCUGUCCCUCUGUCUGGCCUCCCUCACACAGGCCCACAGGAGCCACACGGUGCAUGUGAAGGCAGGGACGUGUGAGGUGAUCGCUGCCCAUCGCUGCUGCAACAAGAACAAGAUCGAGGAGAGAUCUCAAACUGUCAAAUGCUCCUGCUUCCCUGGACAGGUAGCUGGCACCACCCGGGCCAUGCCCUCCUGCGUCGAUGCCUCCAUUGUAGCUCAGAAGUGGUGGUGUCAGAUGCACCCGUGCAUGGAUGGUGAAGAGUGUAAGGUUCUCCCAGACCUCACAGGAUGGAGCUGCAGCACAGGCAACAAAGUCAAGACCACCAAGGUGACCCGAUAGUCCUGCCCCGUCUCGAGGAGGGCAGAGAUGGCGUUGGAGUUACUUAAAUAUCACAAUGGACCCAUCAGUGGUGAGGAAGCCCGCUCAGACGGACAGCUAUGAGGAGCCAGUCAUUAUUACAUAUUGUGAGGAUAUUCAAGAGGUGGAGGCUGAGCAGGAGACAGGACUCUUACACACCGUCUUGGGUCACCUUAAAGAAAACUGGGAUUUCUUGGUCCUUUACCGCACAGGACCGCAUCACCCACAAUCCUUUACGGCUUCUACAAACAGCAACUUCAACCAAGUGAGCUAUGACCUAAACAGCACUUGAUUAUAUAUAUAAAAAAAAAAAAAACUUUCUUUACAACGAUCUGUGUUCUUCAACUCUCUUCUACGGCUUAGUUGUGUUCCAUACGCAUAGUGGGAAUAAAUGGGAUCAGGUCUGUUGACAGCUAUCCCUCAUUAUAAAUGUCACUACAAAAAAUAGGGGGGGGGGGGGUUGCAUCCAGAAUGGCUGUCUCAUGAUGUCGAGAUGACAACUUUAAAUUUAACUGUGCCACAGAUGACAUACCUGAUGCUGUCAGAUCUGAAACUAAACCUUUUUAUUUUUCAAGAUCUCACCUCCAAAAGAAUAUUUUACCUUGAAUCAUUUGUGGCUUACCACAUGCCAUUUUUUUCAAAUGGGGAGACGGUUUGUCAGUCUUCUUUUAUUUCUUUUUUUUUUGACAAAGGACAAAAUCCUGUCCAGGUGGGAUUAGACUAAUACCAAGUAGAUGUUAUGAAAUAUUGAACCAUGUUAACGUGUAAAAAAUGCUCCAUGGAAUCAACAGGGCUAAAAAUAAAAUGACGCUCUAAUGGUUUUAAUAUCUGUGUUUUCAAACGCCUGUUAACCGCUAUUGAGUACAUGUGUCAGUAUUAUAUGAAAUGAAUAAAACCUUUCAAAAGAA